AUGGCGAAUGGAGCUGAUUCAGGCCCGGAAGAGGCCUUGCGUCGCGCUUUUGGUGACCUGAACCAGGCGCUCCAAGCUGAUAAUCCCAGCAAGAUUGUGCAGUGUGCUGAUCAAGUGCUCAAGCUCGAGGCCGAUGCGGUCGAGGCGGUGCAGUGCAAGGUCGUUGCGCUGGCCCAGCUGAAUCAGUAUGACCAAGCCAUCAAAACCCUUGCGUCCAGCCAGCACCGAUCCCAAUUUGCUUAUGAAGAGGCCUACUGCCUCUACGCAUCCCGCCAGUAUGCUCAAGCUCUCAAGCUAAUUGAUGGUGCCCUGCAGUCGGCCGAAGGCGCCCAACGCUUGCGCUUUCUCGAGCUGCGUGCCCAGACGCUGUAUCGCUCCGAGGCCAGUGCAGCCAGCGCCGAUGCCUACAAGCAGCUUCUCUCGGAGGCGGAUGAUGGACGCGAUGAGGAGCGUCGCACCAAUUACUUGGCUGCCCUCGUUGAAGCCGAGGGCAGUGCUGGUCAUUCAUCCACUCCCGAGGAUGUGGCCCAAUCCAUGGCCCUGCUUGAAUGCCAAAAGGCGGUGGCACUGCAAAUGAAAGGCCAUACAGCCGAAGCGCUCGAUAUCUACAAACGAAUUGUCCGCGAACGAAACAAUCUGGGUGUUGUUGCCGUGGCAGCGAACAACAUUGUGUCCAUUCACCAGGGCUCGGAUGUGUUCGACUCGAAGAAGCGUAUCAAGGCGGCCGCCAACCCCGACGUGCUGGCCAAGCUCAACACCAAGCAGCGCCAAAAUAUUGAGCUAAACCAAGCCCUUUUGCUGUUGUACUCCAAUACCCUGGAUGCCUGCUACACCAGCUGCGCCGAGCUUCACGAACGCUAUCCGAAAAGUCGCACCAUCCUGUGGAUCCAUGUGGCGGCUUUGCUGCGCGAUAAAAGCGUGGCUGAUAAACCUGCUGCUGUCCGCGUACGUUUCUCCGCGCUGGCUGAAAAGUAUGAUCAAAGCACCGACUUGGUCCUGGCCGAGGCCCAGGCCCAGCUCGAAGCUGGCCACCGUGACGCGGCCAGCAAGCUGCUUGAGAACAAUGCUCAGCUUGCCAGCAGUCCAGCCAUCCUGGGCUACCUCAUUGCGUCUGCCCGGCAGCACGCUCCCGAAAGCGUGUCCGGUCUCCUGGAGCGCGCCGUCAAGCUUUGGUCUGCCCGCCAGGAGCAGGGCGAUGCUGCAGAGCAGGUACUUGUUGCCUUACUGCGAGCCCUGAGUGCAAAGCAUGCACAACAGCACGAAGACGAGGCCGCCGUCGACUGCUUGCGACGUGCCGUGCAGAUUGACGACGAGAAUGCUGGUCUGCUGGCUGAGUUCGUCCUGGCUCUGGCCAAGACCGACGUCGAAGCUGCAGAGCAGUAUGCUGAAAAGUUGCCUUCGGCGGAUGUGGCAGGCGACGACGAGCAGCUGGACGUUGACGCUCUUGAAGAAGCCGCUUACCUGCGCGUUAGCAAGUUCCGUGCCCGGCGUGAAGCACCGGAAGCGCGUGGCCCGCAAGCAUCCCAAGCAGACGUCGAGGCUGCCAACGCCACGACGAGUGCAGUGCGUACCAAGCACAAGCGCAAGCGUCGUGGCCCUCUGCCCAAAAACUACGAUCCGAACCGUCAGCCCGAUCCCGAGCGCUGGCUCAAGAAGUAUGAGCGAAGCAGCUAUGCCGGCCGCCGCCGUCGUCGCGUCAAGGACAAUCUGGCCAAGGGCAGCCAGGGCGCCGCCAGUAUCUCUCAAGCAGAGGCCGAGCGACUUGAUGCCAGCCUGCGCGCCCCGCCACCAACUGAGCCCGUCCAGAACAAGAAGGUGGCAGCCGCCAAGAAGAAGGGCAAAAAGGGUGGCAAGCGCCGUUAA